AUGUGCACAUCUGCUCUGUGGCUCGUGUCCGUUAGCUUGCUGUUCAGCACCUCUCUAAGCUGCUAUCAGUGCUUCAUUGAUGUGGAAGACAGUCUUCGCCUGUGUUGGGGUCACGUUUUGACUAAAUACAAUGUUAGAAAUGUUGACACCUGCUUCAGGAAGCUGGACCAGAUAUUCAACAACGACGAGGGAGUAAUUGAAGCUGGCAGAGUGGGUGAAGGCUAUGAGGGACAGCUGAAAGAAAUUCUGAAUGCGCAGAUUCUGCCCAUGGUAGAAGAGUUUGACAAAAAGCUGAAUAAGGACACAGUGUAUGAGAAAAGGUUGCAGACAGCAGCAGACAAUUUCAUCGCAGCUGCCUCCAAACUGCCUAGAGGUGAGACAUGUAUUAGUUUCAUGCACCCAUCAGGUUUCCAGAGUGCAGGUGCCGUGUACAACUGUAUUACAUGCCAGUAUGACUCUUGCGAAUUCCCUCUUGACUGUCCAGUUAAAGAAAUUAAAGUAACAGAGAACAGCAGGAGCCAAAUGUGGUGCGACGUGCCAUUUCACUUACCAACCGAUAUCGAGGUGAUCUGGAGGUUUGCAGGAGAGGUGAAAACCCAGCAGGUGGAUCAGUUUAAAGAAGUGACCGCGGGGAUGGAUCCGCUGUAUUCCAUCCCUUCAGCCAGUUUGCAACAUCAGGGCACCUACCAGUGUGAAAUCUACUCGGGCCAGCGCUCCAUUGUCAGACUAUACUAUUAUCUCACAGUGACCCCCCAGGUUGUGGCAGGCCACACAGAGCUGCAGGAGAUAUUCGACCUGUCUCUGCUCCCAGGAGGGUGGUUACUUCCUGCGCCUGGUGGUCCUCCCCACUCCCUCCUCCCCCUCCCCUCACCACCGCUUCUCAUCGCCUGUUUAACUGCUUUGCUUCUGCUGCUAUUUCUUUCCCUGGGGACUCUGUAUUGGUCAUCAAUACGAGAGCAAACAAGUUACGCUGAACAAGCAGAUGGAGAUUAA